AUGAAGAUGGCCAAGCAAUACAUCCGGCCCGAUCUUCAGUGGGAAACAUUCGAGCUGAAGGAGAUGCUAGCGACUCUAAAGGCUCCGCGUGCAAUUUGCAUCUUAGAUGCAACAAAACUGCAGACAAAACUGCGAGAGUACGGGUACGAGGUCAAGGAGCGUCGCGAGGCGCUCGAAGAGAUCUUCCAAAUCAUGGCAAAGAGAGGGCUAUAG